GAAGUUACAUAAGAUACGCUUGUCACAAAAUGUGGAGGUCUGGCAUCGUCCUGGCAUCUUUUUUAAUUCUUCCUACUGUGGUGUCAAUUUACUCGAAAAAUCGGCUAAAAAACGUCUCAAAUCUUGGAAUUUCUACUAACUCAACCCUGAGAAAAGUUAGAUCACAGGAGAGACCUGAAUCGAAACUUCCUGAUUAUCGCUACAAGGAGGAGCUAUCAAGAGAACUCGAUAAAAACCUUAUCGCUUUUAUCCAGAAUAUAAUUCCUUCAAUUAAACCCAAAGUGAAUUGGAUGGCAGACUCCAUCAGCGAUGCCGUAGGCGUAACACAAGCCAAACUCCUGCAAACUAUGGCAAAUACAAAUAACACUAUUCGCGUGGUGGAGACAUUUUUUAAUAAAAUGUACCAAGCAUUGGUCGUCAAUGAAAAUGAUGGGAAUGUUGCUUUAUUAGAGCCGUCGAGAACUAGGAGACAAAGGCCAGUCCUGGUACGAAAGAACAAAUAUCGCAGCAAUGAGGUUAACCGCAAUUAUUUGCUCAAGAGCAAUAAUAAAUACUACAUUUUUCCUGCUGCUCAUGAGUUUCAUCCGUUCAAGUUUUAGUUGAUCAUUGCUGUAAAUGGUGUAAUCACUAAUUUGUUAACUGUUUAAAAUUUAAUAAAAUAAUUCAUCAAUGUCAUAAUUUAUGGAAGCCAGGCUUAUUCGUUGGAAGACGGUUCUAGUAUCACGUCAAUUGGAAAUAUUCACGUACAUCAACCUUAUUUGGUCGCUUUUGGAGUUUUCUAUUAUUUUCACUAACUAUCCUUGGAUUAGCCUAGGCUUCCUUUCCCGAUUUUUUAUGUCAUGGAUUCUGAUUUGGGCUCACAGAAAGAAACACGCAACCGCAUGCAAAAUAUGGUGCAUAUUUGAAGCGGUUAUGAUAGUCAUCAUACUAACACUCGGACUUUGCAAAGUGAUAAAAUUUACGAAAGUUGCCAGCGAUAAGGACGCCUUUACAAAUGGAAAAAUGUUCUCAAUUUCGAAACCAAGACUUAAUACUCCUGCACCAUCGCCGUCAAUGAUGAGGACUGAAAACGAACAUAGACUCAAUAAUUACAUUUGCGAGAAUGAUGAGUCACAGGUUUAUAGUGAUAAAUGUCCACUAAACAAUAUUAUCGACGAAAAUGAGUGCAGACCAAAACUAACUCUUUCCGGCUCUGAGGUUCAGUACUCAAUCAUUUAUACGCAACCGUUUAUUCAUACCAAAUGACCAAGUGUGAAAAGUUUGAUAAUAAAAUAAACAUUUUGUGUUUCUCUGCAUCAUACAUAA